CAGAGGGAUUCAUCUGUGGCAUCACUCCUCUUUGGAGGUCUUGUCUGUGGAAUCCUUGCCAAGCUGAAGACACCAGGGAAGGAACAGUCCUUCAGCAGUUUCCUUGGCGAUCUUGUAAAGACAAUGGAGCCCAUUUUUAAUGCAACUUCAUAUUCACCUUUGGUUGAGGCUCUCCUUGGAAUCCUGUAUACCUUCUCUGCAGACCUGGCCAGCUCUAUCUCAUCCUCUGCUGUUGUUAAGGCAUCAUUGAAUGGGGGACAGGAAAUGCUGGGUAUCCUUGUGAUAGAAGAAUCCUUGAUGCGGAGUCAGGAAAAGGAUCUUCAGACUCAAUUGUGGAUCCACUUGGUUGAGUAUGCAUCCCUUUCCCUUGAUGUCAGCCAUUCUUUGUUAACUUGGAAACUUAUUGAAGGGUCUCAAUAUGAUGGCAGGUUGUAUCGAAGCAUUGGUCGGUGGGACUGUGUGCAGGGAAUUCUAGCCACCAAGGUGGCUGUGGAGCCAAUCACGCAAUCUAUUCUAAACCUGGAGAGUGAAAGAAACUUUGAGGAGUUGUGGAAGACCUUGAAGGAGCACUGUGAUGCCCAUUCAGGCCACCAGUUCCCCUCCUCUGCUGAGCAGACUGUCUUUGAACAGGCAUACAUUCAGUGUGGAAAGGUGCUGAAUGAAUGGGAAGACUUAGGAGACUUGUUCCCUGAAGGAGACAUUAAUGAAGCCCACCUUCCAUCUUACAUGGAUUUGGGACUGCAUCUCCUCUUAGAAGACAGACACCAAUUGAAUCCCACUGUUCGUCAUCUCAAGAAGGGGUUCCUCAAUUACCUCAACACCUCAAUGAAGGAACGAGAAAAGAGGGAUUUACUGGAGAGUCACUGGAGUCUGCACCUGGCUGUGCUCUAUCUCAUGCAAGGAGACUUGGAGAGAGCCCACCAUUAUGGGAAUAAAGCCCUGGACAUGUUUGCCAUUGACUGGGAGCUUCUGGAUUCCUUGGACAUGGAGCGCAAGAUGUCCCUUCUUCAUCAACUGCAACCCAUCACUGAACUCCGGAUGUUGAUUGGUGUCCUAAGGAGCUCAAAAGGUGACAUGGGUCGCAAGGUUGUUGAGAUCACAAAAUCCUGGUCCUUAAAACCACUUGCCUCUGAUGCUCCUCUGGACCUUUGGCAGGCUCUUCUUUCUCAGAGGCAAAAGUAUUUGUGUGUGCUUGAGAAGAAAGUUGAAGAGGUGGGAGAAGAAGGAGAGGUUUUGGAUGCACUCAAGAUGUGCUCCUUUCGUAUGUACAUGGAGGGUGCCUGUGCUGCUGCUCAUCAGUCCAUUCCAUCCAUUGCUCAUCACAUGCUUGACAAGGCUUGCAAGGUAGGGGUUGUGGCAACAGAUGAGAGGUUACAAGCUGAAAUAGUCUCUGUCAAGGCUGAAAUUCCUCUGAGUGAUAAGAGGCGUACAUUGUCAUCUGUUGUCUCUGCUUGGAAAGAGAUGGAGUCUGAAGACAAGGGUAAAGGUCACCAUUGGCUCAAGUUAAAGGCCAACUUGAGUCUGGCUGCUGCCUCCAUUCUUGGUAUCUGUCCAACUGCACUCAAUGAACUGAUGCCUGAGCUCAAGUCUUGGCUUAAGGAGAAUCUCCACAUCCACACUCUUGGAUCCGAAGAGGUCCUUGAGGCAUUGAAUAAGAAGAGCAAGAAUAUGUUGCUUGAAGUGGCUGGGCAGAGAGGAGCACCAUCUGAAGCCCACCUUGCCCUCUUUUCUUUUGCAAUUGGGGCUCUCUCCAGUUCUCUGUUUGGUGGUAAUGGAGAGAAGAGAAGAGAGGGAGAGAGGGAGAAGGAGUAUGCAUCUUUAGCUGUAGAUGGAAUGGUGGAGGCAUUGAAAAAAGGGAGUGCCCAGGCCAGGGUUCUCCUCCCUCAACUCAUCCAGUUGCUUGACACCUUCCCCCAUCUUCAUUCCUGCUUCCCACAACAGGCAGUGAAAGGAACACAUGCACCAGAAAUUACAGACACGACAACACAUUCAGUCAUCUUGUGGAUCAUCACGAAAUUUCUUCACGUAGUCCCCUUUGAGGUGGACGCAUUUCUGCCACCACGAUUUGCAUUUGUGGAUUGUUGCCCUGAACCACUCCUUGCUGAUCCUGGCAUCAAUCCACAAGCUGAAGGAGUGCCAUGCUGGAUGUUUUUAUCAGCUUUGCCUCAAUUGAUGGGGAUCUUGGAUCGAAGUGCAGGAGAAGCAUUCCAUUCAGUCCUGGAAGCUAUUGCUUCUACCUAUCCUCAGGCAUUCCUAUAUCCCUUCCGUUGCAGCCAACCUGAUUAUCAUUUCUCCUUUGUAUCGGAUGCUCGACAGAAGAGUCGGCUUCAGAGCUUCAUCCAGCGGCAACUUUGCACUUCUAUGGGUGCUGCAGCAUUCCAGCACCUUGCAAAGCUGUUGGACAAUAUGAUGGAGAACCACAGAACCCUAGACACCUUGACAGAGGCCCUUAGUCGUGUGUGUUCCCCUGAGAAGAUGAUCAAAGAUUGUCUGAGUGACACAACAUCCCUCCUUCAACAAUCUGGAAAGUACGGAGAAGCCAGAGAGAACGUGAUCAACCUGUGUCGUGUGUUUGGGAUGCAGCCACAUCCCGACACCUCUCCACCUCUCUCAGGCAAAUAUUACCAAGCUUUCAGAGACAGGCUUAAGGGCUUGUUUGAGGAGGCAUUUGGCACAGGUGCAUCCAACAUCCCCAAGAGUGGGAAGGCUUUCUAUGAGAAAAUAAAAAAGAUAUUUAACCAGCUGAGGGAAGUGAGCUUGAAGAUUGUGCCUCCCGAGUCCUUGUCGUCAUACUCACCAUGGCUUGCCCGAUUCUCAGCAACAGAACAGUCAAUGGAUGUGGAGAUCCCAGGUCAGUACUCAAGUGUAGCCAAGCCCAUCCCUGAACACCAUGUUAAGAUCUCCCGCUUUCAUGACACUGUGAAGCUGUUGCGGUCAAAGCAGGCACCUCGCUGCAUUACAAUCCUGGGGAGCGAUGAAUGUGAGUACCGCUUCCUGGUGAAAUGUGGGGAAGAUUUGCGUCAGGAUCAGCGCAUUCAGCAUCUCUUCACCAUGAUGAACUCCAUAUUCAACCAAGACCACAUGUGUAGACAGAAGGGGCUCUCCCUUGCCACAUACAAGGUGUUGCCACUGAGGGGGAGGCUGGGCUUAAUUGAAUGGGUUGAGAACUCUAUGACAUUGAAGGAGUUUCUACUAUCAUCCUUAUCUCCAGCUGAAGUCAAACGGAAGAAAUUCUGUUAUGCCUCUGAUGGAAAUGUAAUGGGAAUCUCGCCCAGGUUGGAUGAGGUGCGAGGGAAAUACAGCAAUUGGAUAAAGAAGAGUUCUUCAGGCAGUGAACCUGGGGUCCAGUAUGCCAACAUGCUCCUCACCCAUUCAGAUAAAGAAAUUGAGACCAAAUUUAGGGAACUUGUGAAUCUACUUCCUUCAGAUGUCCUUAGACGAAGCUUCUUGCGACUGAGUGGAGGUUCCCGAGGGUACUUUGUCCUGCGGGAGAACUUUGCCCGUAGCCAUGCAGUACUCAGCAUUUCCCACUGGAUCUUGGGGAUAGGAGAUCGGCAUCUGGAAAACUCCAUGAUCUCCCAGGCUUCUGGCAUGGAGAUAGGCAUUGACUUUGGCUAUGCAUUUGGUGUAGCCACCCAGUUCCUCCCAGUGCCUGAACUCAUGCCCUUUCGCCUCACCCCACAGAUUCUCAAUCUCCUCAUGCCACUCAAGGAAGCAGGCACAUUGUGUGAGAUGAUGCGACAUGCACUUGGUGCCAUCAGGCACAAAGAAGCCUCAGUAUCUCUGCUGUCUGUCUUGUCUGUUUUCAUUUGGGAACCUGGUCUGGACUGGAAACGAUUGGCAAUUCAGGCUAUCGCAGGGAAGAACAAAGGAGAACGUGAAGAUGUGUCCUGGCUCCCCCGUCAGAAAGUAGACAUUGUCAGGGCUAAGCUUGAAGGGCUGAACCCUGCUGAGGCAACAGCCAGGGAACUCAAAGAAAAGCCUGGGAAGUUCUUGACGUCUCAUUGGGGACGUGAAGCACAGCGGGCCCUUGAGAAAUAUGUGGAGGUGGUAAGGGCCAAAGGGAAGAGAAGUGCUCGCUCUGAUCUUCCUCCAGAAGGUCUUGAUGUAAAGAAUCAGAUGAGCAGGAUCACCUCAGGAGAAUUCACAAACCUCAAUGCCUUGGUGGCAGACCUGGAGGACUCGUCGCAAGCAUCAGCUGUCGAUGUGGUUGCACGAGGACCAGAUGUGGUUCCACCUCACUCUUCGGAGAUGGUGAACUUGGGUCCCCUGUUGGCAAAUGAUCCUCUUCAAGUCUCAUCUAGUGGGGAAGUGGAGGAAGAGAUCAUUGAGUGUGAUGUGAUUGAGAUUCAUGAAGCUCCUCCAACUUCAGCUUUUGUCCCAGUGAGUAAGAUUUCAACACAGAAUGUAGUGGAGAACUCAGCUCAUUCUGAAAAAAUGAAAACUCUGCCAUCUAAGCACACAAAAUCCCCAAGGAAGAGGAAGGGCGAUGGAAAAGGAGGCAAGAAGGUCAAGAAAAGAAAGUCUAGGAAAUCCAUCUCCAAGGAACAGGAUGAAGAAGAUGAGUGUGGGCUGGAAGAAGAUGAUGAUGAAGAUGGGGAAAGGGAAUGGAGGAAAGAGGGAAGGAGGAAGCAGGCACGGGUCAUCCCCCCGGUCUAUUUCAAGAAGGAAUCCCUGAACCUCAUCUGCCAAUGGGACAACUGUGGUGACACCCUAUCCAACAUGGAAGAAUUCCUCAAUCAUCUCACUUCUCAUCUCUCUACCCACACUCCCCAACAAACAGGAGAUGGACGUGAAUUGAGGUUCAAGUGUUUGUGGGGUCCAUGUGAGUUUACAAUCCCAGAUCCAAGGCACAUGGAGAGACAUGCAUUCUACCAUGCCUUCCUUGCCAAGAUCAUGUGCAUUGGGGUCAAUAUGCUCUCCCGAGUUUCCCUGCCGGAUUGCAGGAUGGAAGGCAUUGUGCCACAUGCACAGAUUCCCAGCUUCCCUGAAUCCUUUCGGUGCAAGUGGUCCGAUUGCAAGCAGAUCUUCAACAAUCCUCAGGAAUUUUAUUGGCAUGUUGAAUGGCAUGCAGAAGGGAAUCCACGCGGGAAUAAUCCCGGCUGCCCUAUUCCUUGUCUCUGGGAUGGGUGCCAGGGAAAGUGUCAGUCCUUGUACAAGCUACGGGAGCACUUGAGACACCAUUCUAAAGAGAGGGUGGUGGCUUGCCCCUCCUGUGGAGCUGGGUUCUUCUCCCGCACCCGCCUUUAUGAUCAUCUUGUUCGACAGAAAGAUGAGAGGAAGCACGAGUGUCCUCACUGUGGCCGCACAGUGGCAUCAGAACGCAUCCUGCGGGAGCAUAUGCAAGGACAUGUGAAUCACUACAAGUGUCCUAUCUGUGACAUGACGUGUCGCUCCCCUUCUGCUGUUUCUCUUCAUAUGCAAUAUCGACAUGUCAAGGAGAGGACCAUCCCCUGUCCCUACUGCCCUUACAAGUACCACAAAGACAAGGACGGGAACUUCCGCCUUCAGACGGUUCGUUAUGAGAGCAUAGAGCUGACCCAGACCCUGCUGGGUCGGGUCAACGAAGAGACGAUCUCGCCUCAGGAGACAAAACCUGCCAUGGUCAUCUCUCUCUGUGACUUGACAGAGGAUGGAGAACUUGUUGUGCGACCUGAUCCAGAAAUGAUUCUCUCUUAGCAUCUUCUCCUGUGACCUAUGACCUCAUUUCCUUUUCUAAAUAGUGUUGGAAACCUCAAUGGUGUACACAUGAGAAAUUGACAUUUCUCAGUCUAUUUUUAUAACAUCUUGUAAAAUAUGAGCUGGCACGUCCCAGAGUGUCUUCUUAAUACUCUGUAAACGGUCUGUUCAUAAUAAAGGGCAUGUGAUGCUUCUGAGAAUGAAGUUUUUGUG